AUGACCGUACUCUCGUUCUCAGCUUCAUCUUCUUCCUUUAUGCUCUCAUCGUCCUCCACUUGUUCUUCUUCAACAAAACCCCCAUUUUCUUCCUCCUCAAAGAAUGUCAUUAAAACCCCAUUUGUUGGGCUCUCCGUGGCACCACCACAAAAGCUUUGGCUUCCCACAACCACCAACCUGGGUUUUGACAAUGGAAGCAACCCAAGACGGAGCUUCGAGGUCUUCAGCACAAAGGAAAUCGCUCGCGUCCCCCUAGAUCAACGCUGGAUGUUCGAGGACGACGAAGUGGACGGCCCUGACAUUUGGAAUAAAACAUGGUAUCCAAAAGCUGCAGACCAUGUGAAUACUGAAAAGCCGUGGUAUAUUGUGGAUGCCACGGACAAGAUUCUUGGAAGAAUGGCAUCCACAAUUGCGAUUUACAUCCGCGGGAAGAAUUUGGCAACCUACACCCCGAGUGUGGACAUGGGGGCAUUUGUCAUUGUGGUAAAUGCAGAGAAGGUUGCAGUUUCUGGCAAGAAAAGAACCCAAAAGCUCUACAGGAGGCAUUCUGGACGACCAGGUGGGAUGACAGUGGAAACAUUUGACCAGCUACAGCAGAGAAUUCCAGAGAGAAUUAUCGAACAUGCUGUUCGGGGUAUGCUUCCAAAAGGGAGGCUUGGCAGAGCACUUUUCAACCACCUAAAGGUUUACAAGGGCCCAGAUCAUCCACAUGAGGCUCAGAAGCCAGUGGAGCUGCCUAUAAAGGAUAAAAGAAUACAGAUACAGAAGUAA